AUGGUAUUGGAAUCUAGUGAAUCGGUCAUUCUCCCGCUUCAUUCUAAUACUUUAAAAGAUUAUUCUAACUUGCCUGCGGGUCGAACUAAAGCCAACAGCAGUACUGAACUUGAUAGUAACAGGACCGGUUUAGUAGCUCUAACUGAUGAAGCAAACCAUGUGCGUUGCGGUGAAUCCAAUAAAUUGCCUUAUUCGAAGAAAGAUACCGAAACGAUACGCAGAGUGGUGUUGAAGAUUCAGUAUGACGCCGCUCUGCUUGUGACGGAGUGCAGGAUGCAUCCAGCUUCCUUCACGAACUUGAGGAUUACUAAUGGAAAUGUGAUUAAGUUGUAUAUUGACGACGUCGCGUCUCCGACUGCGUAUAUGCAGGCUUUUCUUAGCACAUCGGUAUCUCGUGGCCGUGUGGUAGUGUCGGAGGAUCUAUCCCUGUCUACCUCGCUCGCCUUAAACUUACCGGUUUCGAUAGCUAGUGCAUAUGAGAAGAGUAGUCUUCCCGUUUCCAUAUCUUGGCCUACCAUUACAGAUAUUUACAUACAAUUACGGGUGAUUGACCAGGAUACCAACGUCGACGAUGGUUAUAUAUUUUCUUCAACAUCCCUUUCGACGCAGUGGCGCGCACUCUUCCGCAAGAGCUUUCAGAAUCGUCUUGUUUUCAAGGGCAUGCGUGCGUUGUUACGACGUUUUUUUCAUACAGUUCAUGUUGAGGUAUAUCAAGUGCUUGCGGUUGUGAACGAGGAGGCCGAAGGUAGUGAACAGGUUCCCUUCGGAGCCUUGACUAACGCCACUCAAAUCGAAGUGAUGGGCUCAGCGGAGGAUCCGUCAGACAAUUUAGGUACUUCUGGGGUAAGUACAGAGGCUGUGCAUUGUUCUUCUGCAUCCUUGACACUUCCUCAAUGUUCAGGAGAUUCACACGUGCUUGUUGUUGGGGAGUCCGGCACGGGUAAAACCUACAUCAUUGAAGAUCUCGCUGCAGUUGAUCGGGAUUGUCAUCACCGCCACGUUUUUUUUCUUUCCCCUGAAGAGCUCGCGCAGGGUUCGGAUAGUGAGAUCCGUACCGCAACCGCCUUACGUGAGGCGUUUCGCAUGGCAAAGCUCUCCCCGCCUGCUACAGUUGUUAUCGACGAUUUGGAUACCCUGUGCGGAGGCGGUUCACAGGGUUCAUCCACGCCGUCAUUCCACUCUUCCACAAUAGGAUCGGAGUGGUCUAUGAAGCUUUUCACACGUGUGCUUUGCGAGGAGCUUCGACAAUUACACGUAGGCAGCGGGAGCCCAUCUGUACGCGUUCUGGCCUCCGUGAGAACUUUAACAGGGUUAAACGCAUCCCUUUUAACGCCGACGCGAUUUGCGCCGGAGAACAUCAUCAGAUUGAAUCCGCCAACUGAUGUGGGCGAAAAAUACGAUGUUCUCUUAGGCUGCGUUUGUCGUCGACUUUCGAAAAGAUGGGAAGAAGGGAGGACCGCCGCUCUUGAGGCUGCGCUCCGGGAGGUCGCCAAAAAUGCACAUGGCUUCAAUCAGCGCGACCUUUCACGCGUGAUCGAUUUUGCAAUGAUGGAAAGCUUCAAGCGGCAAGGCCAAACGCUUUUUGAGGUCAAAGACCUUCACAAGGCGGUUAAGACUGUACGUCCUUCCGCCCUCAGUGGGCUUGAGCUUUCCAUACCAGAAGUGACAUGGUCUGAUAUCGGAGGAAGCGAAGAGGCGAAGAAGACACUGCAAGAUGCGGUAGAGUGGUGCCUUGGGAAGCAGAGUUGGUUAUUUAGUCAGUUUAAUCUCACACCGCCGAAGGGUGUUCUUCUUUACGGGCCGCCAGGCUGCAGCAAGACGAUGUUGGCCAAGGCGCUCGCAAAUGAGAGCUGUAUGAACUUCAUCUCCGUGAAAGGGCCAGAGGUUUUUUCAAAGUGGGUGGGCGAUAGCGAAAAAGCAGUGAGAAAUAUCUUCGCCCGCGCACGGGCGGCGGCGCCGUGUGUGGUUUUUAUCGAUGAGCUCGAUGGCAUGUGUGGGCACCGAGGUCAAGGUGGCGUCUCCGAUCGCGUCAUUUCUCAGUUUCUAACAGAGCUUGAUGGGUUGCCAGCGUCUUUUGAUGAAAAGCAUGCGCUGGUAUUUGUGGCAGCCACAAACCGUCCUGAUAGUAUCGACGCCGCAGUUCUUCGCCCUGGGCGCAUUGAUCGCCUCGUGCACGUUGGUCUUCCCACUUACGCCGAGCGUGAGGCGAUUGUUCGAAUUCAGUUCAAACCUCUUCCUGUGGCCCCUGAUCUCGGGCCAGCGUAUAUCGCCGAACGAACGGAGGGCUACACAGGGGCUGAAAUUGUUGCAAUUGUGAAUGAAGCCGCCUUCACGGCGAUCUCGAAGGAUUUGAACGCGGCCUAUGUGUCUCUUGAAGAUGUCGACACCGCUCUCAAAAAAGUGAAGCCACGUAUUGACACAAAGGAUGCGGAAUGGUACAAAAACUGGUCACACGGUCGGUCAUCUUUUUUCUAA